AUGUCUUUAGAUCAAAUACCUGCCGAGCUUCUCCAUAAUGUCUGUUCUCAUUGCUCCAAACACGAGAUCAGAAGCCUACGCCUCACUUCACGCUUUGUUAGUGCGGUAGCAGAUGAGCACUUCCUUCGAGAUCUCGUUCUAUUCUACUUGAGAUCUGAGUUUGAUACGGUCGAAGAGAUUGUCAAAAACCCACGCGUUGCGAAAGGUGUUCGCAGCGUUCGAUUCCAAGCCGAUCGAUUGCUGUCUCGUGGCGACGGACCAAAGGGCUUCAGUAAGAUCAGGAAAAGCGUUGCACGGCUUGGGAAUUUGACAGCUCCCCAACCAAGCGAGGACGAUGCAGUGCCCGUGGAGAGCGAGCGCCAACAACGACAAAGACGCAGAGAGGUCGUCAAGCACAAGGCGCCGGCUCCGGCCAAGUUGGCUGCAAAAGAGGCAGAAUUUACUUAUCUUAAACUUUAUCUGGAUCAAGCUGAGCUGAUGACAGAAGAGCGCUCAAUGAUAUGUAUGCAGAGACUUUUCACCGCAUGCCCCAAGCUGGAUUCUGCCAUCGUCACCAUGCAGCACUACGCCGACACUGGACCCACUCUCAUGUCUCCGGCGCCGUGGCACAGUGUGCGAAUGUUUCUCCAACUUCAAGUCACACCCUGGAGGGACGAUAUGUCGUCUAGGAUCUUGUGCAGGCCGUCGAACGAAUUGGUCACGGCGGCGUUCGAGGCUGGACGCAAGCUUAAAUCGCUGACGCUUUCACCGAUCUCUCAUCAAUUCUUCUCUCAAGAGGAAGAGGCAAUGGCAGAACUGCAUUCAGUCAUCAGUGAGCUGGAGCAGGUCCACAUAUGUCUGGAUGGAGAAUUCGAAUUUGAUCGAGAUGACGCUGCAGAGGAGGCUCGGAUGCAAGCAAUGGAAGACGAAGGCAUAGCCAUUGAUGAGAUCCUUGAGUCUGUUGCUGAGACCCAUGACGAAGCUGCUCGGCGGGUUCUAGGUGCGCUUGAGGACGAGAGAGUGGCACGCUUCUUGCAUCAUGCCCCUUCACUGAGCGAGAUCAGCCUGAAGGGCCCAAUAGUGGACGAACCGCACUUGAAGCCUGUGGAACUCUCGCACUUGGUCGGCACAGACCCACCGUGGACGCAUCUUCGAUCUCUCACGCUUCUUGAGUUCAGCUGUGAGCACCCGCAACUUGUCGCUCUGAUAUUGAAGUAUCGUGACAGCUUGGAGCAUCUGAGACUCGAGGGUGCGAAGAUCGAUAGCUCGCUCAACUGGUGGAGGGUGUGGGAAGCCAUUGCUGGGAAGCUACCAAAAUUGAAGACUUUCAAGAUCGACGACGACAUUCUCCUCUGGUCGCGUGUUUCUUAUUGGAAGAAGGACGCAGUACAAGCGUUAGAGCGGUACAUUUUGACGGGCGAGCGGCCUCACAUAAGUGAGAUCUGGAUGUAG